CUCUUUUCUAGCAUCUUCAUUGCCUUCAGCUUCGCACAUAAACGGUCUGCAUAUUAUAUUAGGUCAAUACCUUACAUUGCAGUAUCAUUCCCAUGGAUCCCGAUCAUGAUGCCAAGUUUCCCCUUCACGAGGCUGCUCGAGAGGGCAAACUUCCCACGGCAGAGUCACUUUUACACGCAAACCCCAAAUUAGCAACAACCAAAGAUGCCGACGAACGUCUGCCUAUCCACUGGGCCGUGGCAUACAACCACCUCCCCAUCGUAGAGCUCCUAGUAUCUACCAAAUCCUUUGAUCCAGAUGUCGAGGAUGGAUCAGGAUGGACCCCUCUGAUGAUCGCCGCGAGUCUCAAAAACGCAGAAGGGGACCCUAUCAUCGAUCUUCUACUCCGAAAAGGUGCUGAUGUUAAUGUCAAGAGUGUCACUGGCCAGAACGCUCUCCAUUUCGCAACAUCCAAAGCGAAUCUGUCCACCGUCCGCACCUUGGUCGCACAUAAAUGUAGCGCCAGGGUAAAAGACAAGCGCGGACAACUGGCGCUCCACCGCGCUGCGGCAAUCGGCUCUACACCUAUCAUCCAGGUUCUUCUGAAGGAUGGAAAGAGCCCCGUAAACGCCACAGACAGUGACGGUCUCACUGCUUUGCACCAUGCCAUCUGCGAAGGCCAUGGGGAUGCCGCAAUCACGCUGCUCAAGGCUGGUGCUGAAGCCGACAAGAAAGAUUCUGAGGGGAGGUUGGCGAUUGAUAUGGCUCCUGAUUCAAAGGUCCGACUAUAUAUUUUACAGACUGCGGAAAAGGAAGGAAUUGAGUUGUGAAAACAUUUAACAUCAUUACGAAACAUAGCUAGGGCAAAUUAACAUGUAGGAUUCUA